AUGCCUGGCAUUCCCCCCGGUGCUCUCGACAACAUUGUCGGCAAGCUCAAGGCUGUCUUCAAGAAGAAGAAGUCCGGCGAGCCUGCGCAGCCCGCCCAGCCCAAGCCAGCCGCCGACGCGACGCAGCCCGCGACCACCGAGGCCAAGCCUCUCGAGGCUGCCACGAACGCCGCCCCUGACGACCAGAAGACUACAACCGCCGGUGGCCUCAUGCCCCCUGCCGAUCCCACCGCCGACCCCAACGCCACCAAGCCUGCUGUCGAGGAGCCCAAGGCCACGGACGCUGCCACUGCUGCUACACACGCUGUUCCCAAGGAUCCUGAUGUGACCACAGCGGCUGGCCUCAUGCCCUCUGCCGAUCCCACCGCCGACCCCAACGCUACCAAGCCUGCUGUCGAGGAGCCCAAGGCCACAGACGCUGCCACUGCUGCUACACACGCUGUUCCCAAGGAUCAAGCUGUGACCACGGCGGCUGGUCUCGUACCCCCUGCUCCUGCUGCCGCUGCUGCUGCACCCGCGGCCACUGCUGCUGAUCCCGCCCCUGCUGCACCUGCUGCCGCAGAGCCCGUGGAGCCCAAGAAGGAAGAAGCUGCUCCUACCGAGCUUCCUGCUGAGACCAAGGAGGCCCCAGCUGCUGCUGAAGCCCCUGCUGCUCCCGCGGCUGAGCUGCCCACCGAGGAGAAGAAGGAGACUCCCGCCGCGCCGGCUGCGACUGCUUAA